CAUACAGCAAAUACUUACACUCUCACUCUCACUCUCACUCUCCCUUCAAAACCCUACAAAACCCAUCUUUAGUUUCUUGUUUUUCUUCCUCCAACAAUGGCUUCCAAGAACGAUUCCAUCGAAGAAGUACCUCCCGACGUAGAAGAAGAAGGCACGGCCACCUCAACUAACAGACUCGAACCCACAAGCAAAAAUUCGAGCAAUUUAUGGGCUUUUACACUUGCUCAAAAGGUAAUUGCAGAGUUGGUAGGUACCUACUUCAUAAUAUUUUCUGGGUGCGGCGCAGUUGCAGUGAACAAAAUUUAUGGGUCGGUCACGUUUCCAGGAAUAUGCGUGACGUGGGGAUUAAUAGUUACGGUGAUGAUUUACACCGUCGGACAUGUUUCCGGCGCUCAUUUUAACCCCGCCGUUACUAUCGCUUUCACAAUUUUUCAAAAAUUUCCACCUUCGGAGGUACUUUUUUACAUUGUAGCUCAGUUCCUGGGUUCGAUUCUCGCUAGCGGAACAUUAGCUCUGAUGUUCGACAUAACUCCGAAUGCUUAUUUCGGAACGACGCCGGUUGGAUCCAACGGUCAAUCUUUGGCUAUAGAAAUCAUCAUCACCUUUCUCUUAACGUUUGUAAUUUUUGGUGCUUCCAUUGAUGAGAGAGCGAUCGGGCAAUUAGGAGGUAUUGCUGUUGGUAUGACUGUAAUGUUAAAUGUCUUCGUAGCGGGGCCAAUUUCAGGAGCUUCGAUGAACCCAGCGAGGAGUCUGGGGCCAGCAUUUGUGAAGCAUGAAUUUAAAGGACUGUGGAUAUAUGUAAUAGGACCAGUUGCCGGAGCAAUUGCAGGAGCUUCUGCAUACAGCUUGGUUAGAGCAGGAGACAGACCAUCCGAGACACUCUCUUUUCUCACCGGAUCAUCGAAGUAAUUAAGUAAUAUUCAGUAUUUUUAGAUGGUUAAUUAAGCAAAUUAAUUAAUGUUUAUUCUUAAUUACUCUAGAUAUUUGAUGGGUUUAAGUGUUUUUGUUUGGAUUUAUUUGGACUUUAUAAU